UGUUUAGGUAACUACAUUAAUUGACAUAACAUUAUUUCAGUGAGGACACAAGUGACAACGUUACUGACUCUCUUCUUGACGAACAGUUAGACAUUUUAACAAACGAGAUAGACAGUAAUAACGUUAUUGAAAAACCUAUUGUAAGAAAUAAAAGAGAAGUUACCGACGAAAGUUCUAGCAGUACUAUGAACAAUACAGAUAAAAUCUCAAAAAGGAGUGAUAGUGAUGAAAUAAUGGAAUACAUCGAAAUGGAGCCAACGGAAGACGAUGAUGAAGAAUAUUUACAUGAAGAUAGUGAAAGAGGAAAAAGACAAAUUAGAUAUUAUUUAAAAAAUGGUUUCAAAUCUCCAGUUAAAAACUGGCCGAAUUCAAAACCUAUAAAAUUUAUCGAUUUACCUCAUCAAGCUAGUAACCAGAAUAUAAGGCACCAGUCAUCUUUGAACGGACUUCAUAAAAAUAAUAUGUAUGACGCUUCCAGCAAACCAUAUACAGCCGUUAACAAUAUAUAUUCAACCGCAAAUCCUUUUGUGUACCAAAAUGACAAUUCACAAUCUCAGAGGCCAUUUAAGGCUAGUCCUUCUGAUCCAUUCAGUCAAAGAAUACCCCAUAAUCCUAUGAAUUCUGCUACUCAAAUUAUUACCAAAAGCCCACCUAUAUCCGCGCUGAAAAAUAAUGAAAACCCUUUUGCAGCAUUGGCUGGAGGAUUUUAUAAUAAUGCUCCAAAACAAAAUAAUCAGGUAAAUAAUGCUAACCGCUAUCCUGCUCAGUCAUUUUAUACUAAUAAUCAGAACAGUCAUAAUAUUGUACAUGACUCUUCUCUUUUGCCAAGUACGGUAGUCACUGGUAAACCAGUGUCAACAAUUUCACCACAUACCAAUCCACAACGAAAUCCAUCACAAACAUUUAAUGCCGAAUCUAAUCGCCCCGACAUGUAUAAGAGACCUAAUAAACAAGAAAAUUAUAAUGAUGAAGAUACAUCAAAUGAGAAUGAUGACGAGGAGUCGUCCGAAGAAAACUCAUCAGAAAAAGAUGAUGAAGACGAAAAAAACCAUUUUAAAUUUGAUUUUCCUGAUCCACCUUACGAAUUUACAAAUCCGAAAAAUAAAUAUGCUGAUAUUGAAAAUCCAUUUGCAAAUCCCAAUUUCGAUUUUGACGCAUUCUUAGACAAACUUAGAAAUGAGCAUUAUGAAGCUGUAGGUGUCACAACGCAGAAACCAAAACUAAAUCAAAAUGCUGCUUUAAACACGAGACCUUCUGAACGGCCUACCUCUGUAUCAGGCCAUUCUGGUACAAGAUCAUCAACUUUAAAUUAUCAAGGUAUGAGUACGCCUCGUCCAUUUAGCUCAAUCAAUCUCCCUAGCGCAUCUGUUGGUGCAAACGUGCCUACAACGAAACAACCUGAACGGUCACAGCAGUUGAAUUUUAGACCUGUGCCACAUCACCAGCAGCCUGUUAGAUUAAAUUACGAACAAAACCAGGAGGUCCAACAGAGUGCUGGUACACCAUUAGAUGCUGCGUUACCUAAACUAAAACCGCCGAAUUUUAGAGAUGAACGAAUUUUACCAAUUAAUUAUAACUUCAACCAGCCCAUUAAUACUACACAGAGACCUAAUUUAAACCAAACACAGCAUAAAGGGGAAACUCAGCAAGUAUAUUCUAUAACACAGAGGCCAUAUUUGUUUCAAACGGGAACGGGAGUGCCUAUAUUACUUUCUACACCUAAGUUACAAUAUUUCUUAAAACAAGAAAAACCUGUUACGGGUCGUCCAUAUUUUAUUUCAACUAUAAAGCCAUAUCUUGCAUCUUCGAUCAAACCGCAUAAUGCAUAUUUAUCUUUUAAACAAUCUACAUCAAAACCAUUAACAACCUUAGCCAAUGAACAACUGGCUGCUCUUCAACAUUACUGGAAUCACCCAUCGACAGAGUUAUAUUUACAUUCAACUCCAAGACCAACUGCCUUCUCAAACCUUCCAAAGCUUGAAAACUUAUUUGCACAAACAUUUAAACCAACGGCGCAAUCUCCUGUAAAUCAAAAUACCGCAAUUACUAUCAAGGACACUGUCACGUCUACUACUAAACAACCAGCAAAGCGAAGACCCAUUCCCAAACCAUCGCCCGAAAUGGCCGAUUAUUACUAUGACGAUGAAGAUGAGCAAUAUUAUUAUGAACCGCCAGUUAAAUCAAUUUACAUGCCUAGUUCUGAAAUAAAACCACAAAGACCACCGAUGGCUCAAAAUUACCAAGAAUAUGAUGACAACGAGAGUUACGAAAGUGACGAAGAUGAACCAACGGUACAUAUUACUCCCCAACGACCAAACUAUCGUCAACCAUCUAAUUAUAAAACAGAAUCAGCCACUAAAAAUCAUAAUGAUGUUUCCGUUGUCACAAAAGCUCCGCAUAAAGAGCGACAAAGGACUAAAAUACCCGUUCCGGUCAUGGUAGACUUUGUUUCACCUGCACCAACAGUACUGAUGCGCCCUGAAGUAUCAAACUACGAGAUCGUUCAUCAUGCCCCUCGAAAUAAGACCUUCCACAUAAGAAAACCUAUGCACGAUAACGGACCUUUUACUGCUAGACCUCCAAAAUAUUUAAAUCAGACCACUCUAAGACCGUACACUGUUAGGCAUAGGCUAGCUAAACCCACUACUGUAAAGGAAACUGCUCAAACUGAAGACAACAAGCAAAAUAGGGGCAGGACAAGGCACCACAACCUGGUAGCCCAGACGAAGAUGACUACUCCGCGUGACAAUCAUAACCAGGAGACUCGAUUUACUAAGACUAGACAUGAUGACAAGACAAACAGCUUGGAACCUGUUGACAAUGUAACUCCAGCCACAUAUGCCGCCAGCCCGCGUCCUAAAAUGCUGUAUAAUGGAACUCAGAAUUACGCUCAAGAUCAAUUCGAUCCCUUCUACGCUGUUUACGAUGAAGAUGGUGAAUUGUAUAAAGACGCAGAUUAUGUUCAGCAAUAUAACACGGCCUCGCUCCGGCCUGCAGUCCAACAGACGUACCGCGGCACUCCACCCCCGGUCAGGAGGCCUGAGCUUGUGCAGUACACGCAGAGACCGUCAGCUGAUGACUAUGAUGCCAGACUUAUUCAAGGACAGAUAAACAAUCAGAAUCAAUAUCAAGCACCGGUUCGUCAAUCAACAAGGGGCGAAGGUAACGAAUUGGGUUACGAACACCCUAGCAGUGUGAAGACGACGAUUUACGAAGCUACCUCUAUUAGCACUACUCCUACGACAAGCACUAGCACAACCACUACAUAUCGCCCUACUACUGCACCCUUCACCGAAGCAAUGACCCCGUCUAGAUACUCUCCAAGAUCAUCCACAGAUGAGAACCUUAACCCAAAUCCUAAUAAUUCCUCAGACCAUAGCCCUUCUGACGGGUCCCUUACGACAGAUCCCACUUCAAGCCCCAUAAUAAACCUUUCAUCCCUUGCUAAGCCCUUUGUAAAGACUGAUAAUACUCAUAGGUUGAAAGAAAACUUACCAACUGAAAAACUGACCCGUAGACAUUUACCCCGAGUGACUAACAAAAACAAUAAUAUUCCGGUGGAAGUAGUGAAAACCUCUUCUAAUGAAAAUAAGAAAGUUGUUUCCCUAACUACUGGGUUUUCGAUUAGGCGAAACCCCAACAAUACUAAUAAUCCCUACACAUUGACAGUUCUGACCCGGCCUUUUGAUAAUUACCAAAAAAGUAGAAAACAUAUUACGCCUGAAGAAAAACCAAAGCAAGAAAUAACAGCCACAAGACAUGGUGAGCUAGAAAACGUUCAUAAAUCAGUAGAAUAUGAAUCGCUACUUGACGAGGACAAUGUUGGAUCAUCAGAGAGUUCACUUCGUCGUUCUAGUGUUGAAGAUGAUAUACCUGUUUAUACUAGACCCCAAAGUAGACCAAAAAAUUCAUAUCAGUAUUCUAGAGAAGAUAUUGUGACACCGCCAACUACUACUACUAAAUACUAUCUCAAAACCGUUAUCAAACGACCGGCCCCAGCUCCGUUUACUAAUAUUAAUGACCAGAAAGAAAGUUCUACUGAAAAUACUAUUGACACUGAAGUAUUGAUAGAAACCGGACUUCGCAAUGUUAAAAAUACUCAAAUUCAAUCAACUACUCCCAUAAACAGAGAUUUGCGUGAUUGGGAACAUUACGAAAGACCAAAUGAACAAUGGAAUAAACCUGUUGUUUCACCAUACAGAUCACUUAACAAUCUCAGAAACAAUGAAGAGAAAAAUGAUGCUAUUGACUUUACGAGCAGUACUGCUUCAUCAACUAGAUAUACUACAACACAAAAAGCAAUUUCAAGUUCAAGUUCAACUGCCAGGCCUGACGAAUCUUAUAAUUCUAAACCUGCAUAUUACAGUUAUAAAGUCGAUGAUGACGAAGUCCCUGAUCAAACUACCGAAGUAUUCAGUGGAAAAGUAAAAUCUGUCAUAAAAGCGUUUCUUAGCAAUUUUGGCGGAGCUUCAAGUCCGGAAAGAGUAAAACAGAUAGUAAGCACCAUUGCGCCUCAAGAAGAAAAAGUCGUUAACAUAGGUUUCCAAAAGAAAAUGCUGAAAUUCAUAGACGAUAAGCCUGUGCGUCAUCAUAUUCAACGUGUGCAUAUUAUAACAGAAGAACCGACUACGAGGUUUAGUCCUUCCGCUAUUGACACUCCCAAUUAUAAUCAAAGAGAUUUCCUUUCAACUACCAGUCAAUCAAUUUUAACCAGAAGCAGCUCCACUACUACUACUACGCCGGCUUCUUCGAUUUUUGCCUAUCCUGAAACUACGCCGAGCCCAAUGUUGCAAACUUCAAGUAACAAUGUAUUACGUAAUAUUCCUAACAGAGUGUAUUCGGAUUCAAAGUUCAGCAGCUUCAACAAUUACGUUACAGAAAACACACAAACAACUAUUAAACCACAGCCGGAAGAUUCCAGGAAAUUCCUUAAAAUUAUUGAAGAACCUUCCACUGAGUUGACAAAAAUUGACAAUACUUUUAAUAAUAACAUUGACAAUGAGCUAACAAAACUGACAAAAACUACUGAAAUAACUAAGACAACGACUGAGACAGAGCAUUACAGACCAUCUCCAGUCCUAAACGAGAUAGCUUCGACAACAAGUAGUACGAAAUCGACCACUACUUACAAAGUUGACGUGACGCCGACGAAAAAGAGUUUAUCCUUUCCCACUCGCGCCUCUCGAGUGAAUCCCGCAAUAAAGUUAGCUGCGACAAACCCGGGAGUUGGGCGCAGGAGUUACCAAUCGACGAAAUGCUCUUCAGACAACAGUCUGCAACCGAACCCAAAAUGCAACGAAAUCAAAUACCAGAGACCCAGCCCCAGCCCAAGCCCCAGCAGCACGCGCGGUAGAGGCUCCGCCCACUACUCCACCUUGGACCAGCCACAGUCCAACAGAGGAACCCCACCAACUCGCAGCCGCCCUACUCUGAAGCCAUCAACUGCCAUCGUGUCAAAGGAGAUACAGUUCGUGGACAUCUACACGAAUCCGCCGAGGAGACCAGCGCCCGUGUACCCGCAGCCGACUCCGGACAAGACCGCAGCUAAGUGUAGGAAGGACGUGUGCCUGCUACCUGACUGCUACUGCGGUGGAAAGGAUAUUCCUGGAAAUAUACCUGUCGACGAAACCCCGCAAAUGGUAUUGAUUACCUUCGACGAUGCAGUAAAUGAUCUCAAUAAAAUGUACUACGAAGAACUCUUCCAAAAUGGAAGAGUCAACCCUAACGGCUGCCCUAUAUCUGCCACAUUCUACGUGUCCCAUGAAUGGACUGAUUAUAGUCAAGUUCAGAAUCUUUAUGCAGAUGGUCACGAAUUUGCCUCCCAUACGAUAUCUCAUAGUUUUGGAGAACAGUUCUCCCAAAAGAAAUGGAACAGAGAAGUGGCUGGACAAAGAGAGAUUUUAGCAGCGUACGGUGGUGUGAAACUAGAGGACGUCCGAGGAAUGAGAGCUCCGUUCCUCUCAGUCGGAGGAAACAAGAUGUUCAAGAUGUUGUACGACUCUAACUUCACGUACGAUUCCUCGCUGCCCGUCUAUGAAAACAGACCACCGAGCUGGCCUUAUACUCUUGAUUACAAACUGUUCCACGACUGUAUGAUCCCGCCUUGCCCUACAAAAUCAUAUCCAGGAGUCUGGGAAGUACCUAUGGUGAUGUGGCAAGAUUUGAACGGUGGCCGUUGCUCCAUGGGUGACGCCUGUGCCAACCCCCCUGAAGCUGAAGGAGUCUACAAAAUGCUUUUGAAAAACUUUGACAGACAUUACACUACAAACAGGGCACCCUUCGGUCUCUUUUACCACGCGGCGUGGUUCACACAGCCCCACCACAAGGAGGGCUUCAUCAUGUUCCUGGACUUCAUAAACCGCAUGCAAGAUGUGUGGAUCGUCACCAACUGGCAGGCGCUGCAGUGGGUGCGGGACCCGACGCCCAUCAACAGGCUGAAUAACUUCCAGCCUUUCCAAUGCAACUACCCAGACCGUCCCAAGAAGUGCAACAAUCCUAAAGUGUGCAAUCUUUGGCACAAAUCCGGCGUCCGGUACAUGAGGACGUGUCAGCCCUGCCCCGAAAUCUACCCCUGGACUGGCAAGACCGGCAUCAAAUCCUCUCGCAUCGACAACGAUAUUGAGGAAUAAACAAACUACUCUAGAAUCGGUCACGCGGUCGAAACUAUCUACCUAUAACUUUUGCCGCAGGAUUAUGAGGAUCAAAAAAUCUAAGAUCGAAUUGAAUGUCAGAACGCUCAAAUCGAACGUUCCGGAUAUGUCAAUAAAAACCUCAUAGAUAGCGGCAAGUCUUACUUGAUCCUCAAGAAUAAGAUCAGUCUCACUAUUAAGCGCUUCUUAAGCAAUACUGCUGUAUGCUUAAAUGCUGUAGCGAUAAGGAUCAAAGUCUGUAUCUUCAAUGCAGUGAAAAUUGUUUUGUCACCAAUAGAGUGCCAUUUAGAUUUCGAUGGUCACAAAGCAAAUCAUAACGUUAGGUAAACUUCUGCCGCGUGCCGAAAUGCGAUUCGAUUGCAUUAGUUCAAUUUUGUUUAUCCUUCAUAAUAACAACCAUCGUCGUAUUGGGAACUGUGAUAUUAAGUGUUUUCAAUCAUUUGGAGUGAAGUUAUCAACGAUUUUAUCAUAAUUAUUGUCACACUUAUUUUAUAUUGUAACAAUUUUAAGUGCAAUCAUAAUUGCAAUAUUAUAUUCCUAUUUUGUGUUCGUACAUACGUACUAGUUAAUAAUACUGAAAUACUCUUUGAAUGACUAGAAGAGGCCUAGAGUAUUAUGUUGUACCUUAAUUUAAAUUAGAUUGAGUGAUCAAUGUUUAGUUUUCAGUAUUUUUACGUCAUCCUGGUACAGAUUACCAUUUUCAUUUUUUAUAUGAGAGCCAUAUUAAAAUUUAGAAAAUCAUUUUUCUAAUCUUGCCAGCUUUGUGGUUGACACUGCCUUUUAAUAUAAAUUUGUAAAUAUAGAGUUAGUUUAGUCGAUACGGUAUAAGCGUUCUUCCACUACAAAAAUACCACAAAUGUAACUGAUAUCUAAUAUUCAUAUUUUUUAUGUUUAGACGAAAUAAACUAUCAGACUUAUGAACUACAACAACGAACAAAAUUUGAACUAAAAGAUGUUAUAGAAAAUUUCCGUUGUUAGAUAGACGUCUGACUACAUCGCUGUACAGUGAUGAAGCACAUGUCUAUUCGACUGCUUGAGAACGCUUGAUUUAGGUUUAAGUCCCUAUGAGUUUCUAAUAAGUCAUAACUGGCAACUCCAUUAUGUUAGUAGCGAAAGGUGUGAAAUUCAAAUUGUCAAUUUGAGGCUAAACUUUGACGCCUAUUUUUUUUAUCUUUGCCGUUUUCUACUGACAGAAAUGGCUAGCCAAUCUAUAUUUUCUGAUUGAGAUCGCAAUUUGCUAAAACGAUGAUAAUAAUUUAUGCGCUUUGUUUUGAUUUAUAUUUUAUUAUGAUAUGCUCUAUUAAAAUCAAAUUUACAAAUGAAUAACAAAUAGCUUGCAUGAAUUGCUACAUAGUAGUAUUUAAGGUUUAGUUCAUGUUCCAAGUUUUGUAGAUAUUAGUAUGUACAUUUAAAUUUAUAUUUGGUAAACAAUGAAGCAGAAUAAAACAAACGCUGUUCUUCGUUGAUCGAAGUAAUUUCUUUAAAGUAAAUUAGAGUUAAUGCUUUGGUCUCAUAUUCACUCCGCUGUAGACUAAAGUAAAUUAGAAGCGCUUGCUACGAAUCUAUUUAAAUCUAGAUAGGUACUUAUUAAGUAUUUAAGUCCUAAUUUUGUAAAUAUAGAUGUAGUAUUUAAAAUUGGUAGUUUCACUUUGAAAUGUAUUGUAAGAAUUUUGUAUUUUCGGCUAUACAGAGUGUUUUGGACAGGAUUUUAGGCACUGAGGUCAUUAAUGGUGCAGUUUGAGCUAAGGUAGUUUUUUUAUUAUUUUGAUGUGUUUACAUAAAGUAGCUGUGUGCCUGAGCUAUUAAAAUUGCGACCAGUGCUGGUUAAUAAACUGCAAUAAAUAAUUA